GCAGAGCCAGAGCGGCCGGAAGGGGAGGCGGUGGAGGCAGUGGGGGUACCAGGAGGAGGAGUUAGGAGACAGCCAGGGCCGGUGGGGGCAGAGGGAGCCCCUGUGGGGGGCCCCUUCCCCGGGGUGCAGGCCAGGUGUCACAGGGGGAGGGGACAUAGGUUAAGAAAGGGCGGCCAACCGGGAGACCAGCAGGAAAGGAGGUGGGGCGGCAGCCAAGUGGAACGAGGGAGGGUCGGCCCGAGGGGGCCAGAGAAGAGGACGGAGGGGGGGGGAGCGGGUGGGAGGAGCGGAGAUAGAAUCUGGGAGCAGCAGAAGCCCGAGGGCUAAGGACAGGGGGCACAGGGGUGAAGGAGCGCCAAAGGGGGUGAGCAAGGGGCGCGGCAGGCGGGGCGCCGCAGAGGCCGCUGGGGGGGGGAGGCGGCCCAGGAUGCCCGCGCCGCGCGCCCCCGGGGGGCCCCGAGCGCCCGCGGAGCGGAGGCCGCUGCUGGGGCGCAGGCCGCGGGGGCCGCGGCGGUGGAGGCGGGCGGCGGCGGCCGCGGUGCUCCUGGUGGAGAUGCUGGAGUGCGCCGCCUUCUUCAGCGUCGCGGGCAACCUGGUGCUGUACCUCAACAGCCCCGACUUCCAGUGGGCCGGCGAGCAGGCGUCCCGCGCCGCUCUCGCCUUCCUGGGCGCCUCCUACCUGCUGGCGCCCGUGGGCGGCUGGCUGGCCGACGUGUACCUGGGCCGCCGCCGCGCCAUCGCGCUCACGCUGCUGCUCUACCUGGCCGCCUCCGGCCUGCUGGCCGCCACCGCCUUCCCCGACGGCCGCCGCUCCUUCUGCGGCGAGGUGCGCCAGGCGCCGCUGGGGCCCUCCUGCCCCGCGUCCGGCUGCCCGCCCAGCUCGCCCAGCUCGCCCUCCCCCUACUGCGCGCCCACCCUCUACACCGGGCUGCUGCUGCUCGCCCUGGCCACCAGCUCCAUCAGGAGCAAUCUCACCUCCUUCGGUGCCGACCAGGUGAUGGAGCUCGGUCGCCAUGCCAGCCGCCGCUUCUUCAACUGGCUUUAUUGGAGUAUCAACGUGGGUGCCGUGCUGUCACUGCUGGUGGUGACCUUUAUCCAGCAGAACGUCAGCUUCCUGUGGGGCUACAGCAUCACCGUGGGCUGUGUGGCCUUGGCCUUCUUCGUCUUCCUCUUUGCCACCCCCAUCUUCAUCACCAAGCCCCCCAAAGGCAGCCAAGUGUCCUCUAUGCUCAAACUUGCUCUCCAGAACUACUGUCCCUGGUUGUGGUGCCGACACUUUGCCAGAGAUGCUCAGGAUGCCCAACUGCCUACCCAGCAUUCUCCCCAGCCUGGCCUGUCCCCGCAGGAGGAUGUAGCCAACUUCCAGGGGCUGGUGAAGAUCUUGCCCAUCAUGGUGACUCUCGUACCCUACUGGAUGGUGUACUUCCAGAUGCAGUCCACAUAUGUCCUGCAAGGUCUUCACCUCCACAUCCCAGACAUUUUCCCAGACCCCCCCGUCAACAGCUCGGUGGCUCUGAGCACCCAGCACAGCAAGUACAAGAUCCCAGAAGCCUGGCUCCUCUUGGCCAAUGUCGUGGUGGUGCUGAUCCUGGUACCUGUGAAAGACCACUUGCUCGACCCUUUAUUGCUGCGGUGCAAGCUGCUUCCCUCGGCUCUACAGAAGAUGGCACUGGGGAUGUUCUUUGGUUUUACUUCCGUCAUUGUGGCAGGAUUCCUGGAGAAGGAGCGUUUAGAGUACAUCUAUCACAACCAGACCGUGUCCCAGCAGAUCGGGCUGAACCUGUACUACGCAGCACCACUGUCCAUCUGGUGGCAGAUCCCUCAGUACCUGCUCAUCGGGAUCAGUGAGAUUUUUGCCAGCAUCCCAGGCCUGGAGUUUGCAUAUUCAGAGGCACCGAGAUCCAUGCAGGGGGCCGUCCUGGGCAUCUUCUUCUGCCUAUCUGGGGUGGGCUCGCUGCUGGGCUCCAGCCUGGUGGCACUACUGUCACUGCCAGGGGGCUGGCUGCACUGCCCCAAUGACUCUGGGAACAUCAGCAAUUGCCGGAUGGACCUGUACUUCUUCCUGUUGGCUGGCAUCCAGGCCGCCACGGCUCUCCUGUUUAUGUGGAUUGCUCGCCGCUAUGAGAGGGCAGCUCAGGCCCGCCCGCCCGCCCAAAGCUGUCCCAGCAGGGACCGGGGCUGAGCACGCCCCCUCCCGUCCUGGACACAGACAGCAGCAGCCCCAGCCGGGGUUUCCUUCCCAGUUUAUUCUGUGCCCAACAGUAGGGUGAAAUGUUCCCAUAAAUAAGGGGCAGGGCCCUUCCUCACAA